ACCCCAAGCAACCAAAGAAAAGCAUCACAAGCUAGCAAGCCCACCUAGCUCAGCCACAAGCCUAGCCAGUACACUCUAGUUGGCCACUUGCUUCAUCAACAUAGCAAUGGCGCCCUCCAAGCUCGUCCUCUUCCUCGCCCUGAACCAGGUCAUCUUGGCAGCCGCGCAUGGCUGCGGGUCGUACUAUGGCCAUACACCGGCCGUCCCAGUGCCAACACCACGGAUCGCCGUGCCCCCGCCCGCCAUCCCAGUCCCAACCCCAGCGACGACCGGAGGCGGCAGCGGCACCUGCUCGAUCAACACGCUGAAGCUGGAGGUGUGCGCCAACGUACUGAACCUGCUAAAGCUCAACUUAGGCGUGCUGGCGAGCGACGACUGCUGUCCGCUGCUGGGCGGGCUCGCCGACCUCGACGCCGCCGUGUGCCUCUGCACCGCCAUCAAGGCCAAUGUCCUCGGCAUCAAACUCAACGUCCCCGUCGACCUCGUUCUCCUCCUCAACAAGUGCGGCAAGACCUGCCCCGCCGACUUCACCUGCCCCAGCUGA